CAUACAACCAACUCAUACAUCAGAACUUCUUUGGACUGUAACACCAUCAUUCCCAGACAAAUUCCUCUACAUCAUACCCAUAUGAACAGGCUUCUUAUUCCACACACAAGCCAGCAAGUACAUCUACCUCUCCCUUAACCUUCACCACAGCAGGAAGAGAAGAGCUCAACCAGAAGAGAAGAAGAAGAAGAAGAAGAGAUCUGAAGUGUUGGAGCAGAAAUUAAUGGAGCUGUUUCCAGCACAACCAGAUUUGUCUCUCCAAAUCAGCCCACCCAACACCACACAAGCAUCUGCUUGGAGGAAGGCUGAUGAGAACAUGGACUUAGGGUUUUGGAGCAGCAGCAGCAGCUACAACAACAGGAAGAGCAUCACCGGCCCUUGCACAGCCAUGGCCGGCGAAACCGCUUUCGGCCUCUCCUUAGCGAGCCCCGGCGCCACAGACUGCAGCAGCGCAAGGGACAGCCUGCUUCUCCGUCCCCAUCCUCACUACCAACACCACCACCUCCACUUCCACCACCACCACCACCCGCUGCUGCAGGAGGCUGGGUUUCGCGAGGACCUCGGCGUGCUGAAGCCCAUUAGGGGAAUCCCAGUCUACCAGCACAAGCCUUCCUUCCCUUUAGUCCCACUGCAUCAACAGCAGCAGCAGCAGCAGCCGUGUGACUCUUCUUCCACCUCUAAUUUCUCUCCCUUCGCUGCAACACAAGGCUUGUCGAGAUCACGGUUCCUGCCGACGAGGUUCCCUGGAAAACGGAGCAUGAGAGCGCCGAGAAUGCGGUGGACGACGACGCUCCACGCCCGCUUCGUCCAUGCCGUGGAGCUGUUGGGAGGGCACGAGAGAGCCACGCCCAAGUCGGUUCUCGAGCUCAUGGAUGUGAAAGAUCUCACCUUGGCUCAUGUGAAAUCUCACUUGCAGAUGUAUCGGACUGUCAAGAACACGGACAAACCAGCAGUUUCUUCAGGCCAAUCCGACGGGUUCGAGAACGGGUCAACCGGAGAGAUCUGUGACGACAAUUCACCCGACAACCCAGAUCAACGUGGACCGGGAUCGACGGCGGCGAAGAUGAUGCAGCAUGGUGUCGGUCUCUGGAGCAAUUCUUCGAGGGGUGGAUGCUUUACCGGCACGCCUGGCGAAUCUACCGCAGGGAGUAUGCAUUUGUUCAAGAAGGACCUGCGGUCGAAAAGCUUGGAAAUGUAUUCGGAUAUGAACUCAUCAUGCCUGUCGGAGACAUUGAGCUCAAGCAUGCCCAAUCUCGAGUUCACCUUGGGGAGGUCACAAUGACCUAAAAGGACACCAAGUAUUUGUUGCCAAAUAAAGUGCUCAAAAGAAG